UUGUGUCAGAAAAAUGGCAGCCUUCAGUAGGUAUCUGACGGCGAGGAACUCGUCCGUGGCAGGCGGCGUCCUGCUGGUUCUGUACCUGCUGAAGAGCAGGAAGCGGACGCCCAGACACAACGGCAGACAGGGAGGUUCACAUCUAGUGCUGACCACAGAGAAAGAUGGCAAAAAAGACAGAGCAGCGGUGGACAAGGUGUUCUUCCUCAGAAUCCUACGGAUUCUGCGGAUCAUGGUGCCUCGAUUCUUCUGCAUGGAGACUGCCUACCUUCUCCUUAUCGCCACCAUGUUGGUGACCAGGACCUACUGUGAUGUAUGGAUGAUCCAGAACGGCACCAUGAUCGAAAGUGCAAUUAUUGGUCGCUCCACAAAAGAUUUCAAGAUCUUCUUGUUCAGCUUUAUCAAAUUCAUGCCACUUAUUGCCUUGGUGAACAACUUCCUGAAGUUGGGCCUCAAUGAGUUGAAGCUGAGGUGCCGUGAGAGGCUCACAAAGAGCCUGUAUGACCAGUACCUACAAGGUUUCACUUACUACAAAAUGGGAAACCUGGACAACCGGAUAGCCAAUGCAGACCAGCUCCUGACACAGGACGUGGAGAAGUUCUGCAACAGCGUGGUGGAUCUUUACUCCAACCUCAGCAAGCCUCUGUUAGAUAUCGGUCUGUACAUCUUCAAGCUGACAAGUGCCAUCGGUGCUCAGGGCCCAACCAUCAUGAUGUCCUACCUGCUGAUCUCGGGCCUGUUCUUGACCAGACUGAGGAGGCCAAUAGGCAAGAUGACCGUCACUGAGCAGCGUUACGAGGGAGAGUAUCGCUACGUCAACUCUCGCCUUAUCACCAACAGUGAGGAGAUUGCCUUCUACAACGGGAACACGAGGGAAAAGCAGACCAUUCACGCCACAUUCAAGAAACUGGUGGACCACUUGCAUAACUUUAUCUUCUUCCGCUUCUCUAUGGGAUUUGUGGACAGCAUAAUUGCCAAGUACUUGGCCACAGUGGUGGGCUACCUGGUGGUUAGCCGGCCAUUCCUAAACCUGUCACACCCCCGACACCUGAACAGCACACACUCUGAGCUGCUCGAGGACUACUACCAGAGUGGAAGGAUGCUCCUGAGGAUGUCCCAGGCCCUGGGCAGGAUCGUACUGGCCGGCCGAGAGAUGACCCGCCUCUCAGGAUUUACAGCUCGUAUCACCGAACUGAUGAAAGUCCUGAAGGAGCUAAACGCUGGCAAAUACGAACGCACGAUGGUUUCCCAGCAGGAGAAGGAAGACACAGCGGAGAAACUCGUACUGGUGCCUGGAAGUGGUCAAAUUAUCAACAGAGACAACGUCAUCAAAUUUGACCACACGCCACUGGCAACACCCAACGGAGACGUCCUGAUCAGAGACCUCACGUUUGAGGUCCAGUCUGGCACCAACGUUCUGGUGUGUGGACCUAACGGCUGUGGAAAAAGCUCCCUGUUCAGAGUGCUCGGAGAGCUGUGGCCUCUGUUCGGUGGACAUUUGACAAAACCCGAGAGGGGGAAGCUCUUCUACGUUCCUCAGAGACCCUACAUGACUCUAGGCUCUCUGAGGGACCAAGUCAUUUACCCCGACACCUUUGAAGAUCAGAGGAAGAAAGGCAUUUCUGAUCAGGUGUUGAAGGAGUACCUGGACAAUGUUCAGCUGGGUCACAUCCUCGACAGGGAGGGCAGCUGGGACACUGUCCAGGACUGGAUGGACGUCCUCAGCGGAGGGGAGAAGCAGAGGAUGGCUAUGGCCAGACUGUUUUAUCACAAGCCCCAGUUUGCCAUCCUAGACGAGUGCACCAGUGCAGUGAGUGUGGAUGUGGAGGAUUACAUCUACAGCCACUGCAGGACGGUGGGCAUCACCUUGUUCACAGUGUCUCACAGAAAGUCCCUGUGGAAGCACCACGAGUAUUACCUCCACAUGGACGGCAGAGGGAACUACGAGUUCAAGCCCAUCACAGAAGAGACUGUAGAGUUCGGCUCCUAACCGCCUGCUGCUGACGACGGAUGCACGGCUGCGAUAAAACCAGUCCGUUAGUUCUUUGCACUCAAGAUAGAAGUAAUAGAUAACGAUGUUUUUAAUCAUUUGUAACCCUCAGCCUUGUUUCCUUUGUUUUCUGUUUACUGUCUAAUCAUGAAUUUGUUUAGCACGAUUAUAAAAAAAAGACACUUUUGGUUUAUAUUUCCAACAUAAACACCCGACAGACGCUUAAGGUGGAAAUAUAUUCUGCUGUUUUUUUUUAUGAUCUCUGCACAGCCAAGUACAUCUGACAACAAGUUUGCCUGUAGAGAUAACGUAGAAACCACGGCGGUCUUUCAGGCACAGCGUCCCACAGGAACACCAAGAGUGAUGCUUCUGUGCGUUGACAUCAGUGAGACUCCUGCAGGGUUUCAUUAAAGUGAACUAACAGAAGCUGAGAGCAGCCACAGCUCAGAAUCAAUUUCGGUUCAUAGUUAUGGAUUAGUUUUAUUGAUUCCAACAGGCCGUGUAUGCGUACACCCUCUGCCGUGUUUGUGCUGCUCGUUCUUGGCUUUUCUUUUGGCCGAUAGUGAUGUAAUUGAUCCAUGAAGCGGGGAAAUCAUGAGAACAAAAAUAUAAGUUUCAUGUCUCCUAUAAUGAUUUAAAUGAGUGCGUCAGAGAACUAAAAGAUUACGUGAGAACGCUAUUUGUUGUCUAAAGAUAAUCUAUUAAAUGAGCAUUACUGAGGAGUUAACAGCUAACCCCGGCUUCUCCAGCUGCAGGACGAACGGCGCUCGCUGCAACCGGACGCUUUGUCAGAGGCGACGUUUGAGGGCUUUGAAGUGCUUCCUGUGUCACGCGUUAACAAGUCUGUUGAAUAAACUGAGCGAGGGAGGGACAACUUUGUUCUGUCUACACUUGUGGUUGCCCCUAAUUCAACCUACGAUCCAUGUCGAAGCAAAGACGGUACCAAAUGUCGGUUCUUGCUCGUGAGCGUUUCGAAGUGAUGAGCCGAUAUAUCCCACUGGUCGUACUGGUGCCGCUCCAGUGAUUCUGUAAUUGAACAUUCCACUUGCGACACACUUUGUGAAUGCCUGAAUGUCUAAACUUUAACGUGUGAGUGCCAUCCAGGACACCAGUAGAUCCUACGUUAGCUGCCGGGGUGCCACGAUCUCAAGGAAUGAAUUGGCUCUUUGAGACUUCAGACCUGGAAUGCCAGAAAAUAAAAAUAAAAUUGUUGUUUGAUCCAGUUCUGUGUAACUUUGAUCGCCGUCAGCAGUUGAUUCCAAAAUGCUCCUCAGAUGAAGUAGUUUUUGUGAGAACGCGCGUAGAUCUUGCGGCGCCACUCUCUGAUCUGCACUGAUUAAAGAUUAAAUGUAGCUCGACGGCGUUCGUAGAGAUCUUCUUUAAACCCAGACUGUUGAUGAGCUUGUUGUCCUGAUAUCAGUGUUUUUCUUCUGCCGUAUUUUGUAGGACAUUAGUUGAUUAUAAUUACUGGGAUGAGCUGCACUUGGCUCCUUUAGUUCUAGAAACUUAAGGUGAGUAAAGGAGACGACGCACCAGCUGAGCUCCAGUCACAUGGGUGUCGUCUACCUGUUGCUCAGUUUCUCUCAGUGUUCUCCACCAGGUUGUUGGUCGUCUGAAGAUAUGGGGUCGUACUCACCAAACAGCAAGUGGUUAUUAGACUUUUUCCUUUUUGUUGAAAGCUAAUCAUUAAUUUCAAAUUGUGUUAAAUAUUUAUGUUGAUCGGGUGGUGGGACUGAAAGGGUUGAUGAAUGAUUUUACGUGAGGUCUCUGAAGCAGGGGGGGCGCUGGGUCUCAGGUGCAAUGGUGGCUUUUGUCAGUGUCGCCGGUGGGGAGACGUCCAGACGAGGUCCUUCUGCCCUUCUGUCGCUCUAAUGUACUAAACAGGAAGUGUGUUCGGAAAAUGUAAAGUAAGGUUCUCAACUGUACUGUUGGUUUUAUAUGGACAGUAAUGGUAUGAUCUGACUGCAUUAAAGAAAAAAACAAACUUCAGGAGACACAAAUCUUCA